AUAUUAUAUAUAUGAGCUCUUACCAAUGUCUUCCAAACCGUCCAGCAAAACUUUCUUUUGUUUUGCUUUCAGAUACAUACACAGACAUUAAAACGAUAUUUUUGGCCUUUUCUUAUUGAUUAAUAAUUCUUUGGCAGGUUAUAAAAAGGAAAAAAAAAUAGCCUCUUCUUAUGCUAAGUUUCCUUCAUCAUCUAUUUACUUCCCUCUCAUCUUCCAUGGCGUUGAAAUUCUUUCAGAUUCUCUUAAGAGUUCUUUGGCUCUCUCUCUCCUUCCUCCUCCUCCACCACUUGUACUACGUCAACCUCCACCGUCUCUACUCUCUCAAUGUGGAGGAGCCGUCGGUUUUGAAGCACCACGAUCACCGUCGUCUCUACACCAUUAAUAGAUUAGUCAGCAGCAGAAAAGCUCCCUCCCACAGUUUUGACUUCACACCUUUCCAACACAGACAGAACAACCACCAUCAGCCUCGUUCCGAUCAGGGACACGGCGGCGAUGAGAUUGAUCCUCGUUACGGAGUGGAGAAACGCCGUGUUCCCUCCGGACCUAAUCCGUUGCACCAUUGAUGAAUGACGAUGACACGUGCUUAGUUUGAGUGGUAACAUAAGGCAAAGAUAAAACUUUACCUAGCAUUUUUGUCUGAAAGGGGAAACUUAAAGAUUUAGAGUUAUUCGUUUUCUUAGAUACGUUUUACAAUUUGGGUUUUGAUACGUUUGUCGUCUUUUAAUCAUAGUAGACAAAGGGUAUUUUAGCUUUUAUUUUGAUUAUUAUAUCUGUAAAUAUGUUUCUUUACUCAAGAAAUUGACAUCUUGAUUGUUGUGGAAGACAAAAAAUA